AUGGCGGCGCAGAAGGCGCAGCUGCUGCUAAAAUUUGCGCAGGUCGCUGCCAAGGAGGCGGCGCGCCACAAUGGCUUGCCUCAGGUCGCCGUCGGCGCCUGGGAGGGCCUGCACGGCAUCUCCGCGCCCGGCGGCCACGCCGAUGCGUCGGGCGCCCACCCCCCCUCGGCGCUCGCGCUCGCGCCGCGCCUGCACGCCGGCGGCGCGCUCGGGCCACAGCUGCCGGCGGCGGCCAGCCUGCUGCAGCCGCACGUCCUUGGCGGCCGGGACGUGCCAGCGGCUCUUGACCAGUCAACGGCGGCGCAGCACUUCCCCGCCGCCGGCCUGCCCUGGCAAAACGGCGCCCACCACGCCGACCCCGCCUCGCCGCUGGCCGCCGCCCCGGGCAGCGCGCUCAUGCCGCCGCGCUGCGUGCCGGACGCGGCCAGCGGCGCCGCGCGCGGCCUGCUGGGCGCGCGGGCGCCGAGGCAGCAGCAGGGCGCGCGCGCGGGGCAGCAGAACCAGCAGCAGGGCGGCCGGCGCGGCGGGCGCGCGCACAGCAGCAGCAGCGUGGGCCUCAACAAGCAGAUUAUGACGGCCAACACCACGUCAGACCUGCUGGCGAUCGUUCGCCAGCACGGCGCUGGCUUUGACUUUUUCAACAUCUCGACAGCGAUAGCGCGCGUGCCCAAGCUUCUCGGCCCGCACGCGUGCGGCGGCCAGCCCCUGCGCGCGUGCGCAGUGCGCGCGUUCGUGCCGCCCGCGCAGUCCCCGCGUGCUCAACCCCCCGGGUGUCGUUUUUCUGACUGA